AUGAGCUCCGGCAAGAGAUCGCUGAAGGAGAUUCUCGAUUCUGAGUAUGUCGAGGACAGCGAUGGCGGUGAUGAACUGCAGCUGGAUGAAGAAAUGGCGGAGAUGGAGGAGGACGUGAACAACCCUGAGUUGUGUAAUGAAUGUAGGGAUAUGGCCACUGGGGUGAUUUGCAACGACUGUGAAGAAAACUUUUGUGUUGUUUGCUUCGAAAUGCUCCACAGGGGAGGCAAGAGAAGAAGCCAUGAGUACGUUAAGGUGGAUGACGAGGCUGCCGAUGGCAGCACUCCCAACAAUAGCCGAUCUGGGGUUCCUCCAGCUGAGAGUGAGGAAGAGCAGAGAAGGGAGUUUGAUAGAAAGAAUGGCACUCCAACAGGACAGCUUGAUGCCGGGACCUCCGAUCUUUCUUCGGGGACCCGAGGCACCGACUCAAUUGACGACAAGCUGUUGGCUAUCUUGAGGAAAAACGCUUUAUUUAUACCCAUGAGGCUUACUUACGAGGAGAGACAUCUUCUGCGAUUGCUUGAGGCGGCUCUACAGGUCUCAGAGUAUACUGAUCGUGUGGAUGUGCUAUCGUACAAAUCGAAGGCUAAAAGAAUCGUGGAACAGUUAAAGGAAAUUUGCUCUGUUCUAUCGGGUCUGGUGAUUGCCUCAAACAUGAAGGUCGGCAAGAAACUGUUAGAGAUGAAGAAUUUUAGUGACAACGCUAAAUGGUUCCAAGACGUCUUCGAGAUCGGCAGGCGUUACAAGAUCAUGAAUCCGGAAAGGAUGAGAGACACAUAUGGGAAACUGUGCUACAUGGUCAUGGAUUCCAGACUGCCUCAAAUCGAGGAUCAUAUGGAGUUUCACCUUUUCAAGCCGAUAAAAACCGUUCAUUCGUUUCUAGCUUCCAAAGGAGACGAUUCAGAGAAGGCAAAUAGAAUCUUCGAUGACAAACUUAUUCUCGUUGCGACGUCAAGCAUUUCCCCCACCGGUAAGACAAGGGUCCAAAUUAAUAGGCUCAUCAAGCAGAAGGAGAAUGCCAUCGAAACCUUGGCGUCUAGAUAUAGCGGCAAGCAUUGUUCCAAAGAUGAUAUUCGCCAAGUCUUAUAUUCGAUUGGAGAUUACAACGCCUACCUCAGUAUGAACAGACGCCCGAUCAUGAGGAUGCUCGAGCGGCUGGAGCUAUUCCGCCAGCCUGAAAUCGCGAAGAAAUACUCCAUCGGAAUCCAAUUUGGCAGAAAUGGUGCUCGUUUGACACACGACCACGACAGACAAUGGCAUUAUGUUCAGCAAUCCCUCACACUAUGGUCAAUCAUACAGCGAGAAAUGGUCCAUCUAUGGUAUCUUGCUGAUUCUGAUCUGUUUGAUGGAUCUCAAUACAGAUUGGCAUCCACCGGGCACGGUUUGAAUCGUAUAAAAGCGUCUCCUGCCAUCUAUAAAGAAAUGCAUAACAUAAUUUCGGAGUGCCGUUCCAAGACUAAGACGUGGGUCGGGUCUUCGGUAGUUCAUUUAGGUGACGACGCUGUUCCCAAUGCUCUUUUCUUCCUCGACAAGUACACUCAAGUUCCAUCAAUCCUCAUUCCUUUCGACCACACUCUGAUGAAGAUAAGCCAGCUUGUCGAGAACGAUGACUUACUACUGGAUUACAUCAAAAAAGAAUACGGUUCUGUCGAGGAUCUGAAACUGACGAUUUUACAGGAUGCGUUUGCCCAUAUGUUCGACGGAUCCGGUGCCGACAACUUUUACAUGAGCGGUUCGUGCAUUGACGGCAGAUUGACGUCUGCAUGGAACCACUGUAACCAAAUCGCCAAGAAGAAGUAUUACAACAUUUUCUUGCUCACUUCGUUCCAGGGCUUCAAUGGCUCUGAGGGAUUCUCCUCUUGA